ACUGCAUUUCCUUCUGUCAUAUGCUUCACUCUCGUCAACAAAGCCAUUGUCAAAACAGCCGUAGUGAGGAUGGCACGCUGGCUGCUUCUGUUAACUCUCUCUCUAUGGAUAAGUUGUUGCAGUUCGUAUAAAUAUGAGACGUAUUUCUUCAAACAAAAAGUGGAUCACUUCAGCUUUGCAGAUCAAGACAGCUUUAUUCAGCGGUACCUGAUCAGUGAUAGUCAUUGGGACCACAAUGGAGGCCCCAUCUUCUUCUACGCUGGAAAUGAGGGAGAUAUUACUCUCUUUGCAGAGAACACAGGAUUUAUGUGGGAUAUAGCUCCAGAGUUCAAUGCUCUUGUGAUCUUUGCUGAGCAUCGUUACUAUGGAGUUUCCUUGCCAUACGGGAAUAAAUCGUUUACAGAACCCAAAUAUUCAGGGUACUUGACCUCAGAACAAGCUCUGGCUGAUUAUGUUGAACUCCUGGCAUAUCUCAAGACUGUCAUCAGAGGAGCAAAGAACAGUCCUGUGAUUGUGUUUGGAGGGUCUUAUGGGGGAAUGUUGGCAGCAUGGUUCCGUAUAAAAUAUCCUCAUAUAGUACAGGGGGCAAUAGCAGCUUCAGCUCCAAUACUGCAGUUUACAGGCCUGACCCCAUGUGAGAAGUUUGGGCAGUUGGUCACAGCAGAUUUUACCAAAGAGUCUAAGGAAUGUGCUGAGGUCAUUCGUAAGUCCUGGGCUGCAAUUGAUGCUGUCACUGCAGAUGACUCUGGCCUGGCAUGGCUUACAAAAGAAUGGAAGCUAUGCAAGCCAUUGAAAGGAAAAGAUGAUGUCAAGACACUGAAAGCAUAUUUGAUGGAUGUGUGGACCAAUUUGGCAAUGGUGGAUUAUCCCUAUCCAUCUGAUUUCUUGGCACCACUUCCUGCUUACCCAAUCAAGGAAGUAUGCAGUCAGCUGACAAAUCCAGGACAUGGGCCAAAGUUGCUGUUAGAAGAAUUGUUCAGUGGUCUUACUGUUUAUGUUAACUUUACGGGAGAGACAAAAUGCGUUAAUAUUGAUCAGCAAGCAGAUGUUAGGUUGGAUGAUCGAGGAUGGGAUUUUCAGGCUUGUACAGAAAUGGUGAUGCCAUUUUGCUAUGAUGGAGUCAGUGACUUCUUUGAGCCAGCAGAAUGGAACUUUGAGGAGUAUGCAGAAAACUGCUACCAGACAUGGGGAGUACAUCCCCGUCCAAUGAUGGCACCAAAAAUAUAUGGUGGAAAGGAAUUAUCAGCAGCAAGCAACAUAGUUUUCAGCAAUGGUAACUUAGACCCAUGGUCAACUGGAGGAGUCAUGUGGAAUGUGAGCGACUCUGUGGUCUCUGUCAUCAUCCCGGAAGGUGCGCAUCAUCUUGACCUUAGGGGCUCCAAUCCCAAUGACCCUGAGUCUGUCAUUAGUGCCCGAAAAGUUGAAAAGGAGUUUAUCAGGACAUGGAUAGAUGAAUACAGAAGUGCUCAUAAUUUAAUAGGUAAUGACAGAGAAAAUACCACCACAUAUGAAGUUGUGGAGCCUCAUUUAUAGAUUUCUUUCUUUAGCAUAAUGAACCAGGAAAAGUCUUCUUCAUUCAUGAUAUUACUUGGUCACAUUGAUUCAGAUGGAUUAUGUAUGUUUUUUGUAUAGGUUAUUUUUAUGUGAACUUUGUUGGUUGUCUUAUUUGUAAGUUUUGUAAAGUAUUCAAUUGUUAAGAUAAAUGAUUUGAAGAUUAAACUAUUUAAGGUCAGUAAU